AUGCCAGGAAAGCCCGUCCUUGAUACAGGUGAAAAAGGUAUCGACGAAGAAGGGUUUAUGAAGAAUUACUUGAAAACCUAUAAAAGACGAAAGGCUAACACGACUACUAUUCCACACAAAUUCGGCAAAGGUGUUGCCAGGGUAUUCCGUCGGGCACAGGCUCUCAUUCCAAUGCUCAAUUUCAGUCUUAGCGGACCGUGGGAAGUAACUUCUUAUAGAAAAGGAGGGCAUCAUGCCGCUCACUACGACUUCAUCACCUACUCUUCGCCAGAUCAAUACAGCAAAAAAACUCGAGAAUACGGAAAUCGUUUUGUGACAUUCGCCCUCACGCUGAAGGCCGCCACGUGGGGAGGAGGUAAGUCAGGCUACUCCCUAACAAUACUGUAG